UUCUAUGUAAUAAUACGGUGUGUUCUAUGUGAUAAUACGGUGUGUUCUAUGUGAUAAUACGGUGUGUUCUAUGUAAUAAUACAGUGUUCUAUGUGUGUUGAAUGUGUCCAGGUACAGAAGACACCCGUCUGAAUAAUGAGUGUAACAGUAAGCCGGUGUGUCCUGCUAAGUGUCGCUGUGAAGCUAACGUAGUGGACUGCUCUAACCUUCGUCUCACCAACUUCCCCCAACAUCUACCUGCCUCUACCACCGAGCUGCGUCUCAACAACAAUGACAUCUCAGUGCUGGAAGCCACCGGCGUCUUCAAGACCCUCUCUCAGCUCAAGYAAAUUAACCUUAGCAACAACAAGAUCUCAGAGAUCGAGGACGGAGUGUUUGAGGGGGCGGGGUCUGUUGUGGAGCUCCAUCUGACAGCCAAUCACCUGGACUCUGUCAGAGGGACCAUGUUCAGGGGCAUGGGCGGCCUCCGCAUGCUGAUGUUGAGGAACAACCGUAUCAGCUGUAUCCAUAACGGCAGCUUCACUGGUCUGACCAACGUCCGCCUGUUGUCUCUCUAUGACAACCAGCUCCACACCAUAAUGCCUGGGGCCUUCGACCCUUGGAAGAGUUUUAGAACUCUGAACCUGUUGGCCAACCCGUUUAACUGUGACUGUCGUCUGGCGUGGUUGGGGGCGUGGCUUCGUUCUAGACGAAUCGUAACGGGGAACCCUCGCUGCCAGAGCCCCUCCUUCCUCAGAGAUCCCCUACAGGACGUAGCAGGACCAGACUUCCGCGUGCACGACGGUAUGGAGGAGAGUAGCUGUGCAGCUCGUCCUCAGUGUCCCAGUGAGUGUACCUGUACAGAGACGGUGGUCCGCUGUAGUAACAAACACCUCCAGGCCCUGCCAAGGGGUUGCCCCGCAACCUAUCUGGAUGGGAACCAGUUCAGCAUGGUGCCCAGAGAACUGUCCACCUUCAAACACCUGCAGCUGGUAGAUCUGAGUAACAACAGAAUCAGCUCCCUGUCUGACCCUCCUUUCUCCAAUAUGAGCCAGCUCACCACCCUCAUCCUGAGUUACAACUCUCUACGCUGCAUCCCACUGGCCCUGGCUGGACUACGCUCUCUCAGACUACUAUCUCUUCAUGGUAACGACAUCUCUGAACUACUGGAGGGGAUCUUCAGUGAUGUGGCCUCCCUGUCUCACCUGGCAAUCGGUGCCAACCCCCUGUACUGUGACUGUCAUCUGCGCUGGCUGUCUGACUGGGUGAAGAGUGGGUACAAGGAGCCUGGCAUCGCCCGCUGUGCCGGACCAAUGGGCAUGGAGGGAAAACUGCUGCUCACCACACCUGAGACCAAGUUUGAAUGUCUGGGUCCAGUGGAGACGUCUGUCCAGGCUAAGUGUAGUCCAUGUGUGUCUGGGCCCUGUCAGAACCACGGUGUGUGUCAGUCUGACCCUGUAGAACUCUACACAUGUUUGUGUGAGGAAGAGGAGGAUGUGUGUUCUCCUGGUAGAAACCCCUGUCAGCAACACUCUACCUGCAGCAGCACCACUACAGGCCCCAGGUGUGUGUGUGCCCCAGGCUUCGUGGGGGCUGACUGCAGUGUGAACUAUGAUGAGUGUGAGGAUCAGGACUGUCAGAAUGGAGCGGUGUGUGUGGACCAGGUAGAUGGAUACACCUGCACCUGCCCUCAGGGGUACAGUGGUGAGUUGUGUGAGGUGCCCCCUCCUCCUCCAUCUCCCUGUGAGCGGGCUCGCUGUCAYAARAGCGCCCCSUGUGUGGACAGAGGCGGUACUGCGCUGUGCCAGUGUCUGCCGGGGUUCGAGGGUGUGCGUUGUGAGAAGCUGGUCAGUGUGAACUUCGUGAAUAGAGAUUCUUACCUACAGCUGUCUGACCUGAAGAACUGGCCUCAGGCCAACAUCACACUGCAGACAAUGACCCAAAGCACGACUAUGCAGAAACCAUUUAGGAAGAAGCAGUUGCUGUAUCGCUAUAAGGAUGGCCAGCACAGCGCUGAGACGGUGAACGACGGGCGUUUCCAUACGGUAGAGCUGGUGACCUUUGACAGGAUGGUGAACCUGUCUGUGGACGGGGGUGCGCCCACCACUCUGGACAGUCUGGGAGGGGUCCCACCUCUGUCUGGAGAGGCACCGCUAUACGUGGGGGGUAUGCCAGAGAAGAUGUCCUACUCCUCUCUGAGUCUCUUCCAGCCCCUCAACUCCUCCAGUUUCCACGGCUGCAUCAGGAAUCUGUACAUCAACCACGAGCUGCAGGACUUCACCCAGACCACUAUGAAGCCGGGGGUGGUGCCAGGAUGCCAGCCCUGCAGGAAACUGUUCUGCCUCCAUGGAGUGUGCCAACCGGAUGGUGCCCAGGGACCCCUCUGCCACUGCCAGCCUGACUGGGUUGGGCUACACUGCGAUCAGCCAAUCGGAGGAGGCCUUGUUGGGGGUGAUGUUGCCCCGGCAACCACGGCUAACCCAUGCCAGGGGAAUAAAGGAGGGCUGGCGCGCCACCCUGUGCAAUCAACAGGGGGAGCUAACAGCACCAGCAGUGCCAGAAGACCAGCCAAGCCGUGUUCAGUGCUGCUCUGCCAACAUGACUGUCAGCUGACUGAGGGAGGAGCGACCUACUGUCUCUGUGACACGGGAUACACCGGGGACACAUGUGACACAGUUGAGUCAGCGUGCCGCGGCGAGGCAGUGCGUGACUUCCACCRGGUGCCGCGCGGCCACGCCGACUGCCAGACGACGCGGCCCUUCUCCUGGGUGGAGUGUCGGGGGGGCUGCCAGGGGGGCGGGGCGGCGUGCUGCGCCCCACUGAGGGUACGACGCCGGCGCUACACCUUCGAGUGCGACGACGGAAGUUCCUUCACACAGGACGUAGAGAAAGCAGUGGAGUGCGGCUGCAAGGAGUGUGUGUAGUCGUUGUUGUACUACACACGUACACACACGUGGGCAGUGCAGUCAGCUGAAGAGGAGUUACUGAACACACUGUAGGAAAGUAUAUAUAUAUAAAACAUGGACAUUGUCUGUGUGUUGCGGACAACAGUGUUUGUAAUAUAGGACAGUUCUUCCCUGGCAAGGACGGCCAACCAACACCAAACCAACCAACCUCAUCUUCGUCAUCUUCAUCUACAUCAGCAACUACCUAAAGAAWGUCAACUGUGGUCUCACAUUAGUCAUGUUAUAUUGAAAGGUCAUUCUUUGGAUUUAUACUGUAUUGUACACCCCUUYAUCCAUGUGCUCAAAUCAUUGUAAAUGGAGGAACCUGUAGGGUGCAUGGCAGCCAUGUUGGCAACAGGAAACCGUUGAGACACUUCUCUAGUUUCUUCCUGUUAAAUGAGAAACUGCUGCUCUUUUUUUGCUAGUUUACCAUUUAAUCUGUGUAUCUUUUCACUGGGCUGCAAUGCCAGUUCGCCCUCUAGUGGCCGGUCUUAUAACGAGGGUGUUUGAAGGUUCAGAUGGGGGAAGGGGGUGCGUUUUAGAGAGCAGCUGAGGCCCUGUGGCCYACUUUAAAGAGGUGGGGGCCUUUUGGAGGMUAUGUGCCAGUUUGAUUUUAGCCAGAAACUUCCUUAAUAUUCGUCAUGGUAAUUGGUUAUAAUUGUAUCAUUGAGUAAAACCCGCCUCCUAUCUCUCUGGUCCAAUCAGUCUCCUUCUACCACGUCUGCAGUAUUAUGAAACUCAACACAAAUGUAGCUUUGAUAAUAUUUUAGUUAUAAUUGUUGUAAAACUAAAACAGAAAUGUGCAUAACAUUUGUUUAACAUUUAGAUUGUUUUUUAACUUAGUGUUAUGUAGCUAAUGUAGCCCUUUGAUUGUGAUACAAAAUGGUAAAUACUUAACAGAUUGUAAUAUAUAUCAUUGCAUUUCAUUUGGAGAUAGUAUUUUUAUAUGUUUGAAUCCUGGCAUGGGAGGACAGACGUUGUAUUGGGUCUGUAGACUG